AACACAAACCCAAAUCAAUCUGCGUUUCUUCUCUCUUUGUCUACGAUGACCUCGAAGAACAGUGGUUUAUCUGCCGCGCUUGUUUUGAAUCUCCAAGAUGUGCUUUCGAAGAGAAAAGUAGGGAACGAGGAAAAAGUUGGGAGCGAUGGAUCGGCGGAGGAGGCUCCGUAUACAUCUGAUUCCGUUGAUGUUGCGGCGGUGGAGGAAGAGAUCGAUGACUCUGGGAUUUUUGCUGUGUUGACCAAUUAAUUGUUUUGACUAUUCAUACUUGUAAUUCAGUCUUGGUAAUACGUUAAUGAUUUUCUUUUGACUCAAUUAAUUGAGGUUAAUUUA